AUGGCCCCCAAUGAAUGCCACGAACAAUCGCCGCUGUUGUUCUGGACAAUCGUUGCGGUGGGAUCGCGGAAAUACAGUGACAAUCCAACCCUGAUUAUCCUGCUUGGUCCCAAAGUCUCCCAGUUGGCCAAGUUGGCCCUGUUCGCACAGGAACCCGUGCUCCUCACCAUCCAAGCUUUCCUCCUGUUGUGUUCAUGGCCGAUGCCCUUUGAAGCGCUGAGCAAUGAUAUCACCCCAAUUUUGGCUGGAGCGGUCUUACAGCUUGCUACUACCAUUGGACUACACGUCUCGGGCGUGGGGCAAGAGUUUGCACGAAGUAGAGUCAAUCAAGAUCUUACCUACCGCAUCGCACGUGGCAGGCUGUGGACUGCCUGUGUUGUGGUCUCACAAAGGAUCAUAACAGUGAACGGGACACCGCCCCUUGUGAUUCCCGACACGUAUGGCGACGACUCAGAGGAACUCAGCUCUUUCGUGACACCGAGUUUCCGCUUCCAGAAGAAAGUGAGCGAAUUUCUCAGCAGGACCAUCCUUUACAUCCAGAAUCACGCGUUGUACAAGCCCGCAGACGAGUUAAUCGUCGCACUCGAUCCGAUCAUCCGCUCUGCCGUCGACCGGCUUGUUCAAUUAGAAUCUGAUGCACGGGACCGCAUGGACCGAUUCUACGCCUUGUCUGCGCAACUCCAUCUCUUGAAUUUCCACCUAUUCAAGCACCGAUCUGCAAUCGAAGAUGCAAUACUAUUGGGAAUGUACGAACUUGCGUGCAAGACGAUCGAGCUCGCAAUGGCGCUGGACUCAGAGCUGAGCAUGGCUGAAUACGGCCCUAUAUACAUCACAAAGUUCCUGCAUAGCGCAGUGAUCACCAUUCUACGUGUGGGAAGAGCCGCAAUUGCUCAACAGCUGGACCUAGAGCGCGGACAACGGGCAUACUUCGCAGUGAUCAACUACCACAAGAGGCACGCCGUGCGCCCGGACGACGCCUUUGCUCGAUUCAGUAUCAUCCUCACCAAUCUAUGGACCAGCAGGAAAGUCUUCCAAUAUUCAAAUGGGCUGGUGGAUAGCCUCAGGGUAAGAAGCAAAGCCAGACUUGGGAUGAGCAUGGUCUACGACUGCUUCUGGUGGUGGCGACAAGAGUUUGGAGGGCAGAGCAAUGUAUACGGAGACAACCACGUGGACGAAAAUACCGACGCUACUCUCGACAACUUCGCUCCUGGCCUCGAUAACGACCAAUUAGAUUUGGUCAAUUUGAAUUUGACCCCAAUUCCAGACCUACAAUGGCCUGUCUUUGACAAGUUCUUUACCGAAAACUGGCCGAGUCUGGAUUUAGACAUAGGCAUAUCAAAACAAUGA